CGAAAUACAAGUACCUUGAUGCAGCAGCCUCUUUAUGGCGCAUUUCAGUGUUACCAACUUUUUAAUUUAAAACCUUCAAAUACAUCGCUUGAAUAACCAAACUUUUUACAAUUCAAUAUUAUAUUAUGUUUCAGACAUUUAUAGUGUACAGAAAAGUUUCUAAUAUCCGAUGUGCGCGUCGGUUGUGAUAAAUAUAUAACAAAGGAUAAUGACUGAUACGGAGCACGUGAAAAAUUUUAAAAAGAAAAAAAGUGGAAUUAUUUAUUUAUCAACAAUUCCCAAAUAUAUGAACAUUACAAAAGUACGAGAAAUAUUUUCCACUUAUGGAAAAGUUGGCAGAGUGUAUUUACAAUUAGCCGAAAAUAUGGAGGUUGUUAAGAAGAGAAAACCCGUGAAACAUUUUACAGAAGGCUGGGUGGAAUUUGAAAGUAAGAAAGUAGCUAAAUAUGUAGCAGCAGUAUUAAAUAACAAACAAAUUUCCAUGCGUAAAAAAAGUAAAUUUUUUGAUGUCAUAUGGAAUAUAAAAUAUUUACCACGAUUUAAAUGGAUUCAUUUAAGCGAACGUUUGGCAUAUGAGCGAGCAGUUUACAAGCAAAGACUCCACACAGAAAUUGCUCAGGCAAAAAGAGAAACCAAUUAUAUUUCUUAUAAUAUUGAUAGAAGUAAAAGAUUAAUCAAGAAGAAACUGAAAGGAGAAGCGACAAAUUUUGUCUUACCUAAAAUCAAACAAAGGGACACGGAUGCAGAAAUUAGAAACAUGAAGGGAGAAACCGAGAUAAAAAAUAGAGAUGAAAUUUUAAAAUCUUUAUUUGGUUAAUACUUUCAAGACGCAUACUGCAACAUUCUAAAGAACGAGUAUUUUUGUUUUGUUACCAAAAAUAUAUGUCCAUAUAUCAAAUGUUAAUGUUUUGUAUAAAAAUGAGGUUAUUCACGUAUGUACGUUACGUCGUAUACUUUUAAAAAACAACGAUUUUCGUCGUAAAAGAUAAAUAUUAUUAAUAUAAAGUUUUUAAUAAAAAUGUAAGAAA